AUGGCCGAGACUAUGACGACCAGUAUCACGGCGUCGAUGACACCGAAUGCGACAGGCAUUGCACGACUACCAAAUUGUCUCGCGAAGUCGCAGUUGAGACGUCAGUGUACGAGUACGAGACCGACGAUAAAAGUUGGUUCUGGAGGUGCCCAGGCCGGUGCAGAUGUUGCUGGCGCCCAUUCCAACUCUUGGCGUGGUGCAAGAACCGGCUUCGACGCCACUGCUUUUGUUGAUAUUGCCGACAUGCAGCUAAUCUCGAAGGUGUCAACUGGUAGCGCUAGAGUCACUGUAAGGCUGCUAGCAGCCAAGAAGCAAGCGGUGGACGAAAUCACUUGCGACACUAGUCAGGCAGUGACUGGGCACUCCGGGAUCAGAGACUGGCACUGCACUGGAGACAAGAGAACAUCUUACGCUUUUGGAGAUGAUUCCUUGUUCCGCUCCGCUAUCAUGGAAUCUGGAAAUUCCAUCAUUGAUGGAGCUAUGGAUCGCUCAUACGAGGCAACCUCUCAGAACCUUAGUGCUGCAGCCUGCUGCAGCAACGCGACCGAUGCAUUGCAGUGUCUGCGGGAGCUUCCCUUCCCAGCACUCAACGUUGUUGUCAACAUGACGCAAUCCUCAGGCGUCUGGACCCCCCAGAUUGAUGGAGGCAUCAUCUCGCGAUACUCGAGUGACCAGAUUGCGGAAAGUGCCUUCGUCAAAGUCCCGGUCAUCGUUGGGGCCAAAUCAGAUGAUGGGACGAGUUUUGCACCAAGAGGACUGAACACAUCGCAACAGUCUUGCAAACCUUGACUAGUAAGUUUCCAAUAAAC